UUUCUUCGGCUUUUACUGGUUGGAGGUUGGGAAUUGCAACUUGCAUCCGCGAGUCAAACGCAGGAAGAGUAGUCGUAUAAUUUAGCUUUUUUUUUUUUUUUAAGAGACUGUUUAUAAUUAAAGUGAUAAGUUUAUAUAUUUCUUUGACGAAAUGCUGUCUUUAGACUUUCUCGAUGAUGUUCGGCGAAUGAAUAAGCGCCAGCUGUACUACCAGGUACUGAAUUUUGGUAUGAUCGUGUCUUCGGCCUUGAUGAUUUGGAAAGGCCUGAUGGUUGUGACUGGAAGUGAAAGCCCAAUUGUAGUAGUUCUCAGUGGCAGUAUGGAGCCUGCAUUUUACAGAGGAGACCUCCUAUUCCUCACAAAUAGAGUUGAAGAUCCAAUCAGAGUGGGAGAAAUUGUGGUCUUCAGGAUCGAGGGCAGAGAGAUCCCCAUUGUGCACAGGGUGCUCAAAAUUCAUGAAAAGGAAAAUGGGGACAUCAAGUUUCUGACAAAAGGCGAUAAUAACUCUGUGGAUGACAGAGGCCUAUACAAGAGGGGACAGCAUUGGUUGGAGAAGAAGGAUGUGGUGGGCAGAGCAAGAGGGUUUGUGCCUUACAUAGGAAUUGUUACAAUUUUGAUGAAUGACUAUCCUAAGUUUAAGUAUGCUGUUCUCUGCAUGCUGGGACUCUUUGUUUUGGUACACAGGGAGUAAUCCUCCUCCACCAAGGACAACAUGAUAAAGCAAAGCUGUUCCAACCACCUCAAGACAGUUUUUGCUAGUGUGUUAAAUCUGCUCAUGCAAAAAAAAAAGUUGUAACAGUUAGUCAAAUAAUGACACUUGUAAUAUUGUUUGUUAGUCUUACUGUUAGAGUUCCAAAGAGAUGUUUUGAGGUUUUUUGUUUUUUUUUUGUUCUUUCUGAUGUGCUAUAUGUUCAAGCCUCACGCCUGUUUCUACAGCUAAGACUUUUUUCUAUUGAAUUAAAUAAUGAACAAAAACAA